UCUGCCAUCUCCAACUGUAUUUAUAGUCAGAGAAUUCUUGCAGUCUAUAUCCGGUCUCCGGGCUCCAUACCACGUUCAUAUCUGUUGUCUAAGGUUUGGUAACCCGUCAAGAUGCGCCUUGUACUGAUUCCACUUCUGGUGCUGGUGGCCACUGUGAGAGCAGAGACCGACGUUGAUGUCAACGAUGAGGCGGUGGAGCUGAACCGUCGUCUUUUGGAUCAAUUAUUGGGUGGAUUAUUGGGUGGAGGUGGUGAGGGUCUUCUGGGUGGAUUAUUGGGUGGAGGUGGUGGCGGAGGUCUUCUGGGUGGAAUACUGGGUGGUAAUAAUGGAUCAGGUCUUCUUGGUGGAUUAUUGGGUGGGAGUAACGGUCUUCUGGGUGGAUUAUUGGGCGGAGACGGAGGUCUUGUUAGUGGAGUAUUGGGAGAGAAAGGUCUGGUAGGCAGCCUGUUAGGUCCAAAUGGUCCCGUUGGAGGUAUUUUAAAUAGUUUGGUUGGACCUUUAGUGGAUCAACUGUUGGGACCAAAGGGGCUGUUGGCUGGGCUUGGGUUGAACAAAGGGCUUGUGGGUAAUCUCGUCAAAACCCUGUCCCAAACACUCGGUCUGGACGUGGGCGAGAUCCUGGAAAUCGUCGGGAAAAUCCUGUGCUUGAUUAGAAAACUCGGCCUGGGUGUCGUCAUUCAGCUGGUCAAGAUUCUACAGCUGGACGUCCUGUUGUCCCUGAACAAUUUCCUCUGUAACGCCAACGGCUCCCGUCUGUUUGAUCUCAACGUCGUCGUCAACGGAACGGCGCAGAUUGGCGGCAUCGACUGUCUCUUGAACACAGUGACCAGCGUGGUAGGCUUGGACUACCUGCUCCCCUCUGUCAAAAGUAUCCUUGGUACUGGGCUGAACGAGAAGUGCAAGACGCCCGCUGGGAACUCCCUCAUCAAGGGGGUCUUCGAUCUCUUAGGCAAGGUACUCAACCCGGAACUAGUGAAGAGAGUUGUCGUUCUACUCAACGCUGUCGAUUUAACUGACCUGACGGUAUCUGUUCCUAAAAUUCUAAAAGCUCUCGAAUGUCUGUUAGAAUACUUCGGCGUCGGGCUAAAAUUAGAUUUCCUGUUGAACCUCCUUAAUGUUGUUGGUCUCAAGGCCGUCAUCGGCGCCGAAGUUCAGUUCUGCAACUCUACUAAUGCUGGUCUGAAAGCCGACGCUCUUCUGAAUUUAAACGGUAUAGUCGGUUUAGAUAUAGUCGGCGCUUUGGUCAAGAGCCUGGGGAUUAGCCCACUUCUGGACAUCAUCACCAAGAUUACCACUGAGCUCGGGCAAAUCACGCUGGACGUCUUGCGGGUCGUCUUGUGUCUGAUCGACAGCCUCGGUCUGAAGGUCGUCCUUGACCUGUUCAACACUCUCAAUGUCACCGCCAUCUUGGGUCUGUCUGCCGUGACUUGCAGCCAACAAGGAACCCCGGCUCUGCUGUCCGCCGCCGUGCAAGUGUGCAGAGGCCCAACUACACCCGAAUGCGAGGCCGCAAUACAGGUUGCGUUCGACAGUAACCCGUGUGCAGAUGUUUGUGGUGCUUGCGAGCAGUUGGUUUCCAUCAGUGUAGAGUACCAAGCGGCCUCUACGUCAUGCUUGGACAAAUGUAGCCUGGACUGCCCUGCUUACUUGAGUGGGUCAGCUACAGUGACCACACCUGCUCCUGGUAGUGGUGGCAUUGGCUCCGGGCGUUAAGCAGACCUCAACGUGGCAGCAGACGGCUUAGUAUGCGAUCAGUACAAAUACAAAUGGACUACUGCAACUAUUGCUACUGUUGCUACUUCUGCUGUUACUAACGCUGCUACAAUAAUAUAAACAAUAAAACUUGAAGCAUACAAUUCA